AUGGACUACAUUCCCACUCGGCAUGCUGUCAGCUUCGUCCGACCACUCACACGGCUGAGGGUCGGCAAGCAGAAAUCCAUUUUUGCCGGCACCUAUAAAAUCUGCAAACUUGCUGCCAAUGUGCCAGACCUGGUGGUCUAUGAGGGGGUGGACCGACCCAUCCCUGAUGUGGAACAUUUCCAUGGAGUCCUGCUCUUCGCUGACAUUUCAGGGUUCACCAGUCUAACUGAGAUAUACACGCUGAACAGCAAGAAAGGCAGUGGAGCUGACCAUCUGACCAGAACACUCAAUGGAUACAUCUCAGAGAUUGUGGACCAUAUUCUUCGAGCAGGGGGAGAUAUUGUAAACUAUGCAGGUGAUGCAAUGUUGGCACUAUGGAGAGAGAGAAGGAAAGAACUGAGUGAAAUUCUUACUUUAGCUGUAAAAUGUAGUCUAAAUAUCCAGGAUAAAUGUGAUAACAAGGAAACCGAAGUUGGAGUCAAACUCAGAGUGAAGAUAGGUAUUUCAGCAGGAAAGCUUUCCAAAAUAGUAAUGGGUGAUGAAGAAUCUCGCUAUUAUGCAUUGAUUGGUCGAGCAGUAGAUGAAGUUCGGAAAGCUGAAGGACUUGCUUCAGCUAACACAAUUAUUUUAUCUCCAAAUGCAUGGGAGCUGUGUGAUAGAGAAAAUCUUGUUGUUGAAAAGAUCGAAAAUGAAAGAGCUGUGAGGGUGCGGUACAUUAAAAGGGACCCUCACUUUUCAGUGGAAGACUAUAUAAAAUCUUUUGGAACCCAUUUGGAGUAUCAAGAAGUUGGUGUUAGCAAAAAGGCAAUAAGAAAAACAUCAAAGUUAUUGCCAAACGUACAACUUGAAUCUGUCCUCCGUAAAUAUCUCCUGAAAACAGUUUUACUAAAGAUUGAUGAUGCAGUGCCUUUGGACUAUUUGUCUGAAAUGCGGCCUGCAACAGUGGUGUUUGUGAAUCUACAGUUUGUGGAAAGUGCAACUAUGUAUCAUCAGUGCCAAUCUAUACAGGCUUGUUGCGUUGGAAUUAACAAUGAAUUCAAACUUUAUCGAGGAAGGAUAAAUAAGGUCUUUAUGUUUGACAAGGGCUGUACAUUUCUGUGUUGUUUUGGCCUUCCUGGUGACAAAGGAGAAGAUGAAUGUGCAAAUGCUUUACAAUGCGCACAUAAUGUUCAUGAAUUCUGUAAAAAACUUAGAUAUGUCAGUGUAGCAUCUAUUGGCGUCUCAACUGGUCCUCUAUUCUGUGGAGUAGUUGGGCAUCCUCUACGCCAUGAAUAUACAGUGAUUGGCCGCAAAGUAAACUUGGCAGCACGACUGAUGAUGCACUACCCUGGUGUGGUUUCUUGUGAUGAAGAGACACACUAUCAUGCCAAGAUGCCAGCUUCCUAUUUUAUAGAACUUCCCAAACGAUCUAUGAAAGGUGUGGCAAAUCCAGGUACCAUUUACCAGUACCUCUCCAAAAAACACCAAAAAAUACUUGGGAAACCUCGAAUUACUGUUGAAAAGGAAGAAGAUUAUCCACUUCUAGGCCGUGAGAAAGAGAUGAAGAUUUUCCAAAAGGCCCUGAAAAGGUUUAGCUCAGUAAAAGCUCGUCGUUCUGCUGACUGUUGCCAGGUUAUUAUGUUUGAGGGAACAGUUGGAUGUGGAAAAAGCAGACUACUAGCUGAAAUUAUCCACACAUCACAAACAGAAGGGAUGAGAGUCUUACCUUUUGAACUGGGGAAAAUGGAUAUCACAGAGCCCUACUAUACUAUUCAAACUAUGAUGGCUCUGCUACUGCAGGUGAACCACUGCAAAAGUUACGUAGAACGAGAAAGGGUUUUACUGACCAAGAUAACAAAACCGGAGUUAAUAGAAGAUCUAUGCCUUUUAAAUGACCUUCUUUUUGUAAAGUUUCCAAUUUCAGAAAAAGUCUCUCUCAUGGACAGUAGGACCAAGCACAGGGCAUUUAGAAAUUAUGUGAUUGCAAUAAUCAAGCAGAGUGUUGAAACAGAUAUAGGCCUACUAGUCAUUGACCAGGUUCAAUACAUCGAUACACCAUCAUGGGAACUUAUCUUGCAAAUGCGUGCUAGUCUUCCUUUGUUCAUGGUCAUGGCACUGAGACCAUUUACUGUAGAAAAACCACCCUGUCAAGCUGCUAUAAUGGUCAUGAGGAGCCAAAGGACUCUGUAUGUCAAGCUUACAGGCUUGGAUCCAAGUAUAAUCCGUCCACUUGCCUGUCAGAUCCUCGGAGUGAUUAGCAUUCCACGAGAGCUGGAGACGUUAUUGACAGAACGCAGCUAUGGUGUACCAUACUACUGUGAAGAAAUACUUAGAAGUCUUUAUUAUAGUGAUCUCAUACUCCUAGAGCCAUUAGAUGAGGAUGAUGAAGACGAAAGCGAUGCUGUAUUUACUUUCAGUAGAAAGAAGAUAGUUGUGCCUCCUGAUUCAAAUUUGCAAAGGGAAAACAGAAAAAAAAGCAAAUUAUUAAAUCUUACUGAUAUGGAAGGGCACAAAUGCCGCAAAAUAAUAUCACUAGACCGAAAUGCUUCCGCUGGAAAUCAACAGUUUAUAUGUACUAUUGGAGAAACAGUAAAUCUACAGGAAAUUACAAUUCCACUUACACUUAAAGGUAUAGCCUUAGCGCAACUUGACCAAAUGAAUACUACGGAGCAGGUGAUUGUGAAGUGUGCAUCCAUCAUUGGACAUACUUUCACCACUAAAAUGCUUCGGUACAUCUUACCUGAAGGUGCUGAACUAAAAUUGAAUCAAUCACUUAUCUCUUUGGUAAAAUCACGAACCUUUGAGUGUGCAUCAAAGACUGAUGAAGGCUUUACUUCACCGAUGGAUGAAAAUGAAGAUGCCCACCUCCUGCAGUGUUUCUGUGUUCAUAGUGCUGAAUCUGACGAGCAUCUACAUGAAGAUGAUAGUGAUGAGAAAGGUGAAUAUGUGGAAAUUUGCAAUCCAAACAAAGAAAGAACUGUUUUGUGGAGAUGUAAAUUCAUGCGAUUCUGCAUUGCACUUGUGCAUGAAACAGCGAAUGAUCUGUGGCUAAAGGAGCAGAAGAAAUCACUUCACAUGAAGUGCACUAAAUUCCUGGAAAAUGCAGCUCGCAAAUGCAACAGUUGUGGAGAAGGUGACUUCAUAUAUCAGCAUCGAAAAAUGGUGACAUUUUCUGUUCGUGAAAGUGAAAGCAUCAUCCAAAGACGAAAAGACCUAUAUGCUACAGUUAGUCUUGCAACUGUACAAAGUCAUUCUCCAGACAGCCAGCAAGAGAUUGAUGUGAAAGAUUUAUAUCCAAGUACAUCUUCUGGAUUGCACAUGGUUGCAUCAGGCAUUAUUGGUGCAAAGUCCUCUCGGCAUUCUGAUCAAGUUCCAGUCAUCAAAAGUAUGCAAGUAUCAGUCAACAGUCAUGAUUUUGGAUUCAUUGUAAAGAUGGAUAAGAUCCUCAGAAACUGUGAGGGGAUUGAUAACCUGUAUGCCAAUGACUGUGAAUGUAAACCAAUAAUGGAUUCUGUGUACUGUUCCCUUGUUCGUCACUGGAUGGGAGCUGGAAAUGUGGUUAAGACGUUCUUCUACCUACUUGAAACUGCAGCAGCGGCUUUGUAUUUAUCCAAUAACUUGAUGGCCCUAUCUUAUCUAACAGAAGCAGAAAAUAUCCUUACUUUAUUACGCAAAGGCAAACCACCUUUUGAAUAUGCUGAUGUCACAAAGGAUACUAAGAUUGUUCCUUUUGAGAAGGCCUGUUUACAUAGCCUCAAAGCAGAGGUACAACUUAGUAUGGGCCAUCUUGUAGAAGCAGAGGUCCUGUUUAAGAAAAGCUUAACGCUGUUGAACAAAAAAUUUCCAAGCUUUGCUGUAUCACAAGCAAUUGUGUAUUUAAUCGAAAAUUACAAAAAUUCUAAGAGACAUCGCGACAAAGAAGAGCUAACAGGCAUUACUGAUGGUCAAAUAUCGCCUAUCGUUUAUCAGCAGAUUCGAUGCCUAUCAUUUUUAUGGCAGAUAUACUGCCUUCAGAAAUACACAAUGUGCAAAUUGCCUGCAAUGGUCACAAUACUACUGGAAGUGAACACUGCAGAAAUCUCCAACAAUGAAUUUAAGAUUAUUUCCGCAUACAUUGAUUCUUUCCGUUGUUAUUAUUUUGUUGGUCUUAAAGAGAAGAGUACAAAAAUGGAAAAGUUAGCUCUCCAGAAGUGUCUUGUACUUAACAAAGAUCAGGAAGGAUUAUUAAUGAUGGGUCAUUUAGUAUGUGCACUUUCAGAAAUGAAGUUCUGCACUGGACAGCUUGCUGAAUCUAUUGAGUAUGGACGCCUGGCACAUAAAAUUGCUGGAAUAAUAAAUAAACCAAAUAUUGACGUUGUCACAAUUCCUUUUCUGACCAAAGCCUUGCUACUCACUGGCAGAUUAUUACUGUCUCUGCUGUGUCGAAAAAAAACGGUCUUUGGACAUCCUAAAGAUAAACAUGUUGCUCUGUUCUUCUAUCUAAUCUGGCUGCUGGCGUCCAAAGUAUUUAUUUUGAUUACAGGUUUCGCACUGAGGCCAUUUGAUGAAUGCCUUGCUUUUAUCAAUGGAGUAAUUGAUGAUCCGGUUUUAAAGUCUGAAAAGAACUUGAUGCUUGCGCUUUAUUCAUCAGUAGCACUCUGGUAA